CUUCGAGUUCGCGAGUCUUUAGACAACGUUCGCAUCGAAUGGUACCGAGUGGUAGACUGUAUAAAUCAGUAGUACGACUCGAUUAGUCGAUCGCGAAUCGAAUUUAUUCUCAUUGUUUUGCGUGGUUAUUUAACUUAUUAAGGGGGUUGUGACUUGACUAAAGGGAACUUUUAAGACAGUACUAAAAUGAAGAUUGCAUUGUUGGUGUUUUUGUGCGGGUUUUUAUGCUAUGGAGCAGCAGAAGAAGUGGUUAAGGGUCCCACCCAAGUAGAAGACGAUGAUGACUCCGAUAUGUAUAUGGAACCUUUGGAAGAAGACCAUCAAGGUUCGUCUAGUGAUAUACGAGUGCAAGCGCAGGCUGGACAUUGGCUUCCUACGUUCUCAAGAACUUAUGAUCCCUUCGACCACCCUGCUCCCUCAGGACAUUCCAGGCCAGUGUUUCAUGAGACUUAUCAGCAACAAGAAGGUGCCUACAGCCAAAGAAACGACCCACCUUUUCAACAGGACGUCAAUUACCAGGGGUACAACCCUUUUAACGCCAAAGAAUACCAACAACAGACGCCACAACCUCAGCAGCAAAACGUCGAUAAGUCUGCAUCUCUUUUAGGGGAUGGUAACUUCGGAGUGAUCCAAGGGGGCACUUUUUAUGCCGAAAAGGAGGGAUACGACGGGGACAGUUCUGGAUUCGAUGAUUUUUCCUCGUAUUUCCAUAACGGGCACGGCAGGCCUUCGUAUUUUUAUCCUAGUAAUCCAAAACCUGCCAAACAGCAACAACAAUUCGAAAACUUCAGAGACUUCGCCGACAUUAACAGUCCACCAGAACGUCAGUACUCCCAGUACGUAGUCGUCUACACUAAUAAGAACGGCACCAGAACCAGUACCGUAAAUCCCUCUCUGGCUCAGAAACCUGAGAUUAACAGACCUAAGAAUAUCCUAGAAAGCCUCGCUUUGCUCGACAGUGGAACUCAGAACCACGGUGCAAUGCUCAGAAACGUUUUGGAGUUACCCCAGUACGAGCAGGGAGAUGUGAUUGAAAUUGCACCAGAGAAGAAGAUGUCAAAGUCCAAGAGGAAGUUGCUGAAGUUAAAACCGGAGAAGAAACACGAGGCGAGGUUACAGAAAAAGGAGACGGAGUUGAGUGAGCCAUUGUUGGCCCUAAGCUGAUCAGAAUUUACAGUUAAAUGAAGGAUUUUUUAAAUAGUUUCUUUGUUUUAUGAAGAAAUUGCGCUAUGGAGAUUGCCUAAGAAGGUUCCUAAAUAGACAUUUUUUAGGGGUGUUUACUUGCAGAAAUUUAUUGGAAUAAAAAAAAAAUGUUUGACUGAUAUUAGCGAUAGGUAAAGUAUAGGUUUAGUUAAGGAUUUAGUCAAGUGUGGAGCUCCUUUGGGAACUUCAAAGUGAUGGUUUUUCUUGAUUUUUUUUUGUGUGAAAAACUGUUGUUUCUCAACUAUAUGUUGUAAAAAAUAUUUUGUCUGAAGAGACUUAAAAGAAGAAAACUCUCAGGGUAAAUCAGUCGUCGUUACAGAAAAUUUUUACUUUAGGGCUAUCAUACUUUAAUUCAAAUAAUAAAUAAAUGAUAAUAAUCUCCAUUUAAAUUAUGCAUCAGUUUAAUGUUUAAGCGCUAAUAACUUUUUACUGAAAAGGCUUAAAAGGGUGUAACUUUCAGGAUAAAUAAGCAAUAUUUAAGCCACUCUUGGGCUUAAUUAUUUUUUAAUUUCAAAGAUUAUAAAUGACAAGUAUGGCUAAUUAAGUUAUGUAACAGUUAGGCUCAAAUAACUUUUUACUAAAUAGCUGUAAGAGAAUGAAACUUUCAGGUUACCUCAGCAGUCUUUUGCUAAAAUAACUUUUCAUUUAAAAAAUUAAUAAAUGUAAAUUAUGUCCAAUUAAAUUAUGCACUAAUAAACCAUGUGUCACAAAAUUUUUUGCAAAAUAUAAAAACUAAAUAUGCCUUAACAACUAUUUAAGUUCUUUUAACAAUUAUUCUAAAUAGUUCCUCAAGGAUCAUUCAUACAUAAAUAAUUAACGAUCUUAAACUAAUCAACUCCAAAAAUAACCUUAAAAUUACUUAAUCUGCAUACUGUACAUAAUAAUAAAAAACAAAUUUAAGUAUAUAAUAUAUGUAUGUCAAAGUCAGCUUCUUUCUUGCAUUUCUUAUAAGCUUAUUUGUUUUUUAUUUAAAAAAAUUCAAAACAAAUGAACGUCAUGGCAGAGACCUUUAUCUAAAGACUCGGCCCUGAUCUACAUACAUACGUACAUAGGAUUGAAGAUUGUUGUUUUUUCUUUCGCGUUUAAUUUGCAAAGUAUUUAUUCAUAUAGGAUUUAGAUUUAAUGCAAAUAAUUUGAUAUUAAGGAUGUUGUUUUAGGUGAGCACAUAUUUUAAACAUGACAAGUGGUAAUACGUUAGUUUUAGACUAAUAUAGUAGAGAUAUUAUUGUGGUAAUUGAUAAGGUUAUUAAAAAUAAAAUUUAUUUUUUUAUUUAAAGAAAA